AUGCCGCCUAGUGCCAGUCUCAUAACAAAGCUCAAGGUUCAGCUCAAGCUGACCAUUGCGCGCCUACGCAUGGUGCAGCAACGAGACGAGCAGCUCGGAAAGACCGCGCGGAGAGCCAUGGCCCAACUCCUUGAGGCUGGCAAGGAGGACUCAGCCCGCAUCCGGGUUGAGAAUAUCAUCCGAUCCGACAUCACUUCCGAGCUUCACGAAAUCCUCGAACUCUAUUGCGAACUCCUGCUUGCGCGAUCCGGACUGCUAGAGGCACAUACCGUUGACCCCGGACUGGAGGAGGCGAUUCAGAGUUUAAUUUACGCUGCGCCCAAGACGGAAAUUAAAGAGCUCGGAACUGUGAGGACACUUUUGGCGGAGAAGUACGGGAAAGAGUAUGUUCUUGCGGCAACGGAGAACGCGGAUAAAAAGGUCAAUGAGAAAGUUGUCAAGAAGCUCAGCGUCACGCCCCCCAGAGAAGAGCUCGUCGUUGGUUAUCUGGAGGAAAUCGCCAGGGCUUAUGGCGUCGACUGGCCCAAGCGAGAGGUUGUGUCGCCACCCCCGGAGUUACUCGACGACGAUGAGGACGAACCAUCUGGUGGACAGAAGCAAAGGGCUAUACCCCUCACCGCAGACUCCAAAGAUUCAGUCUUGAACACGCCCGUCAAGAAAUUAGCCGCUAGAGGUCCCACGAGUCCAUUAACGGUGACACCACCAAGGAUGACGACUGACAACAUACAUCCCAAGGUGACGCUGGGAUCUGUCGAGUUGAAACCGAGCAAGAAGAUGGAGGCGGCAUCGCGAAAGAGUGAGCCCGAUGGGUCAAUUCCUGACCUUGGGGACCUGGAGAGAAGGUUUGCGGCUUUGAAGAAGAGGUGA